AGCUGCACCAGAGAGCGCUGGGGAGCAGCCAGCGCCGCACACACGCGCCGCACACACACACAUACACACGCGCCGCGCGCAUACGCAUGCGUGCGCGCGAGUGCAGGCACUCACACAGGCACACUCGCACGCGCGCACACUCAGACACAUGCAGCAACCCGGGACUGCCCUCUCUCUUUGCGUCUCCCUCUAUCUCUCUCUCUCUUCUCCUUUUAACUGAGCUCGUUCUCUCUUGUCAGGGGAGCAGCAUCGUCCACCGCCGGUCGCUGCGAAGUCGCUGUUGGAUUUUGGGUCUUUUUCUUUUGCCUGAGAGAGGCGCCCGAAGUUUGAGAAGCCGCGCCGCCUCCCUCUCCAGACCCUCGCCCCCCUCCCCCCCUCAAAGGAAGGAUGCCUGAAGCGGGGCCGAGGCGGGUGCCCAGGUGGCCAGGGGUGCCCCACCUGGCUGCCCUGUGCCUGCUCGUGUGCCUGGUGGCGGACUGCGGGGCCAGGAGGGCCCCGAAAAUUCCCCGCUGCCCUGCCUCCUGCUCCUGCACCAAAGACAGCGCCUUCUGUGUGGACACCAAGGCCAUUCCUAAAAGCUUCCCUCCUGGGAUCAUCUCCCUGACGAUGGUGAAUGCGGCGUUCACAGAGAUCCCAGAAGGAGCCUUCUCUCACCUUCACCUCCUGCAGUUUCUCCUGCUAAACUCCAACACCUUCACUCUGAUAGCUGAUGAUGCAUUCGCCGGUCUCGCCCAUCUGCAGUACCUGUUCAUAGAAAACAAUGACAUUCAGGCCCUGUCCAAGCACACUUUCCGGGGACUCAAAGCACUGACUCACCUAUCCUUGUCCAAUAACAACCUGCAGGUCCUUCCUAGAGACCUCUUCAAACACCUGGACAUACUGACAGACCUAGAUCUGCGGGGAAACACUUUCCGUUGCGACUGUAAGAUCAAGUGGCUGGUGGACUGGAUAGAGAAGACUAACACCUCAGUGCCAGCCAUCUACUGUUCCAGCCCCUUCGAGUUUCAGGGCAGGCGUGUCCAUGACCUCAGCCCACGCGACUUCAACUGCAUCAGCGCAGACUUUGCAGUGUAUGAGACCUUCCCCUUCCAGUCAGUGUCCGUGGAGUCCUACGAAUUCAACGAUGACCAGUUUGCGGUCUUCGCCCAGCCAGACACAGGAAUGUGCACGCUGUUCGUCUGGGACCACGUGGAGAUGGUCUUCAGGAAGUACCAUAACAUCACAUCUCGUUCAGCCAUCUACUGCAAGCCUGUGGUGAUUAAUAACACUCUGUACAUGGUAGUGGCUCAACUCUUUGGUGGAUCCCACAUCUACAAGUGGGAAGAAGACCCUCAGCGAUUUGUUAAGAUCCAGGAUAUAGACACUACUCGUGUCCGCAAGCCCAACUUUGUGGAGACCUUCCAGCUGGAGGGUGACUGGUAUUUUGCAGUGGCUGACAGCUCCAAAGCUGGCUCCACCAGCCUAUACCGCUGGAACAGCAAUGGCUUCUACUCCCAUCAGUCCCUCCAUCCUUGGCACCGCGACACCCACGUGGAGUUCCUGGAGGUGGACGGUAAGCCCCGCCUCAUCCUCUCCAGCGCCUCCCAGCCCCCUGUUGUCUUCCAGUGGAACCGCAGCCAGCGGCAGUUCGCCUUCCACUCCCAAAUCUCAGACAUGGCGGACGUGCAAAUGGUAAAGCACUUCCGAGUGCGCAAGGUGGUCUACUUGUGUCUCACACGCUUCAUUGGGGACUCUAAAAUCAUGCGCUGGGAGGGCCAGCGGUUCGUGGAGGUUCAGACGCUGCCCUCUCGCGGCUCCAUGGCCGUAUACCCCUUCACCGUGGGCACCCGCCAGUAUCUCAUCCUGGGAAGCGACUUCUCGUUCUCCCGCGUGUACCUGUGGGAUGACCUCACCCAGAAGUUCCAGCCUUUCCAAGAGCUCAACAUGCGGGCCCCACGAGCCUUCAGCCUGGUCUCCAUUGACAACAAAGACAUCCUACUGACUGCCAGCUUCAAAGGCAACACCCUGGCCUAUCAGCACCUGUUGGUAGACCUCAGUGCCAAGUAAACCUUUCACUCCACAGAGCAGAGAGUUGGGGUGGGAGGCCUACUGUCUCGGUGUUGGAGGAACUAGGUCAGUGUUGUAAUAAUUAAAUCCAUUUGGGUGUUGGUUUGUUUAUCUGUUAACUAUGUUUCAGCAACAUAAGAAGAUCAAUUUAAUCCAACUAUAUUCUUUUUUCCCAACAUGCCUGAUAGAAAACAAACAACAAUGGUCUGUAGUUUUCAUUUCAUACAUGUCAACAAUGUCAUGUAUGUAAUCCCAUCAAAGUAAUGCUAUGACUGUGAAAGGUCAAAUAACAUAUCCAAAGGCACUAUAACAUGUAAUAUUUUAUUUUAUAGAGAAUCAAUGGAAUCUUCAUUUUAAUGUAUUAUUAAUAUUAAAUUAACUUUCUCUUCUUGUAAAGAAACAUAUUUAGGAAAAAUUACAAAGAGAGAACUUAUUUUUCAAAUCACAGAGAGAAUUUGUAGAUAGUGUUAGUACUGCUUUAGACUCCUUUAAUUGCUAGUGAUUGACCAGUGAUAUUAUAAAAGGUAUCAACCAAAUUUAAACCUUGAAUUACACUGAGCUGAAUAUAUAUAAAGAGACAACACGAAGAGGAAAUUCUUCAUAGAUAAAAACAUGCUGAAGUACUGAAUGUCCAAUCACUUUUUAUACUUAAUAUUCUUCAAUUAUAUAAUGAAAGCAUGCCAAACUAUUGACCUAUUUUCUACUGCAGUAGACUGUUAAAAAUAGGCUGUAGAAGUCCGUCACUAUGCUCAUGGACCUCUUAUAUAAAAUGACUAUAACACCUCCUUAAAAACUAAUUAAUUAUUAUGACUAAUAAACAGAAAUAUAGUUUGAUCUGCAUAUAUUAAAUUCACAAAGUUUACUUUUCAGAAAUAUGAACUCUUGGUUUACAAGCCAUAUUAAUAGUGCUUGCUCAUUCUUAAACACAUACAGGGAGAAAAAAGCAAUAUUUUACCUUGUGUUUAAUUUUUUGUUUUACAAUUUUUUUUUCAGAAGAUCAAUUGAUUUUAUGACUUAUUUUUUUAGAGUCAUCUCCUCCUUAAUCAUUUCCGCUGAUGACUGUAAAGCUAUAAAAGAGUUUUGCAGCUUUUCCUAAAAUGCUUUUGAGCCUCAGACCUCAAAGAUUUUGAUAUAAAAGUACAUUCUGUUCAUUUAAUACUUGGAGCUACGAGCAUGUGUUUGCUUGUUUCCAGCAGUAAUAACUAUCCUCUCUUCACAGAAACAUGUAAUCUAAGUGCAAAGAAAUUUAACCCUUGCGAUGAAUAACAAUUUUUAAGGCUUCGUGAUUUUUUCUCAAAAAUUCGCACCACAAUUUUAUUCAUCCAAGCUGAAAUGAUUGAAAAAUUUUGUGAACAUAAUGAAAAAGAAAAAUUGUCUUGUGCUUGCUCUACAAGGAGCCAAACCAAUACUUUUAGUGAACUUCCACCGAAGGAACACAUAUGUGAAACUGCUUAAUAAUCUUUACUAAUUUUAUAUGUGUCCUUGGGUAACAGGACAUCUGUAAUUGUUGCUUAGUGAUAAUGUUGGUUAAUAUUGUUCUGUAUCACAAGCAUAAUAUCAUUCACUACAAUGAAUGUAUGCAAUAAAUCCACAUACUUAUAUUACAUCAGCAGCAUAGUUUUUGCACAUCAAAUGUUAAGAAUUAAUAGUCUAUUUGUUCAGUAGCAAUAAUUUCAAGUUAAUUUUACUGUUCAGGAGAUUAACUGUCUGUAAUAAAUGCUGUGAAUUGCAUGGUGAGUUAUGUUGUUUCCUCUGUAGACGAACUGUUGUGUUGGGUUUAAAUGUGUGAUAUGUGUUUCUAGUUGUCAUUGAUUAUCCAUCAUUCCACACAUCUGCAUUUUCUAAGAGCAGAGAGAUAUACAGACCGAAUGAUUGUAUUGGAAUAUGAGCAUGCCAUUUUAAAAUUAGGCUUGAAGAAUACAUUAAAACAGAGCUAUAUGACUAUUAGACUUUAGAACUGUACUAUGUAUACACUGUAAGCUAGAUACAGUAUGUAUUGGUACAAAUUUAUGAAAAACCAACUACAUAAAAACAUCCCUAUCACAAUGUCACAAUUAAAACACUGGAAAACUUUGUCUACUCCUUCUAAAAAAUAUAUAUAUAUAUAUACUGUAGAUAUGUAUGAGUGUAACUCUUUGUUUGAGUACUGAUUGCACGGAACUAUAAUAUAUAUAAGUUUGUCUCUACAAUUGUGUUCGAUGACAAGGCAAGAGUAAUGAAUAUUUGCUUUGAAUGUUCAUCUGCAAAGUAGCCUGUUGUCACGGCUUGUGCUUUCUGGUGUGCAACUGAAAACAUACCAAGUAAUGUUGCUAUGGUGACUAAUAAAUAUAUGCUUUAUCUAUCCA